AUGGGUGGGUUAAAUGGAAACAGCCCAAGAGCCUCUCCGAAAGCCUCUCCAAGGAAAACAUUUAGCCCAAAAAACUCUCCAAGAGCUUCUCCAAGAAAAACAAACACUACUCUAAAACAACUCCUUUUAGAUUCAAGGAACAUGACAAGUUCUCUUGAUUCUGAGACAGAGGAAUUGCUUUCUCUAAUAUCUUACUGUUCUUUCGCAUACACUUUCACUGAUCCACAAGAAUCCCCUUCACAACAAGAUUUAAAGAGGCUAAAACUCAUCCAACUCCUUUCCAUCAUCAAGACUCUCAUAAAACCACUUGAUGAUCAAGUACUUUCACCCCUUUUCAUAAUGGUGUCAUCUAAUCUUUUUAGGCCACUCCCACCACCAAUUCACUCUGUUGUCUCAGUAUUACCAGACGACGAUGAUCUUGUCAGCAAUCCAACACCCUCCUGGCCACAUUUGCAAAUCGUUUACGACAUUUUCCUCAGGAUUGUCAGUAGAACAAGUGUUGAAUCCCUCCAUAUCUACAUAGACCACGCUUUCCUCCUUAGUCUCCUCGCGUUAUUCCAAUCUGAAGAUCAAAGAGAACGCGACAACUUGAAGAAUGUGUUCCACAGAAUCUAUUCAAAGUUAACAUUCUACAGACCAUUCAUGAGAAAGACUAUGCAUGAUGUAUUCUUGCACUAUGUUUUCGAGACUGAUCAAAGGCACCCUGGAAUUGGAGAGCUUCUUGAAAUAUGGGGCACAAUUAUAAAUGGAUUUAGUGUUCCUUUGAAAGAAGAACACAAGUUUUUCUUGAAUAGAGUUCUUGUCCCUUUGCAUAAACCAAAAGGGAUGCAAGUUUAUCAUAGGCAGUUGGCUUAUUGUGUAUCUCAGUUUGUGCAAAAAGAGCCUGAACUUGGUGAGGUUGUUAUAAGAGGCAUAUUGAAGUACUGGCCUAUUACAAAUUGCCAGAAGGAAGUUCUGUUUAUUGGUGAAUUGGAAGAACUUGUGGAGACUGUUGAUCCACAAUUGUACAAGGAACUUGCCCUGCCUUUGUGCACCAAAAUUACCAAGUGUUUAAACAGUUGGAACUCGCAGGUUGCUGAACGCGCAUUGUAUGUGUGGAACAAUGAGCAAUUCUGGAAGAUGGCAUCACAAGCAAUGGAACAAGUCUUUCCAGUUCUAGUGGAAGGGAUGGAGAAGAAUUUGCAAGGACAUUGGAGCAAAAGUGUUCGACAAUUGACAGAGAAUGUGAAGGGAAUGCUGGAAGCUCUUGCACCAUUUCUCUAUUCCAAGUGCCUUCUACAGCUUGAAAUCCAAGAAGCCGGUGAACGCAUAGAAGAGAUGAGAAGAAAAGAAAUUUGGGAAAAAAUUGAAAAUGCAGCAAUGUAAUAAGAGAACAUACUGUAAAUGCAU